AUGAGCGUGAAGCAGGUGCUCUCGGAGGCCCUGGGAGGCAUCCAGGGCGCAAACCAACCGAGAGGUCUCCACAAUUUCAUCCAGGAGAUCCGCCUCUGCUCCAACCCUACUCAAGAACAGCAACGCGUGGACAAGGAGCUGGCAAAUAUCCGAAACAAGUUCAGCUCGAGCUCCGGACUGAGCAGCUACAACCGCAAGAAGUAUGUUUGGAAGCUGGUCUACAUGUUCAUGCUCGGCUACGAGAUUGACUUCGGACACAUGGAGAUGAUCAGCCUCAUCAGCUCAACCAAGUACUCGGAAAAGAACGUGGGUUACGUCGCCGUCAGCCUACUCCUUCGGUCCGGGGACACGAUGAUGUCGCUUGUCAUCAACUCAAUCCGAAACGACCUCAACAGCCACUCGAGCCCCGCCCAGACUCUGGCGCUGGCAACGGUGGCGAACCUUGGGGGAAACGAUCUGUCCGACGCCCUCUUACCGGAUGUGGAGCGGCUGUUGGUGAUGAAGGGGACGGAUCCGGCCGUGCGAAAAAAGGCCGCUCUGUGCUUCCUAAGAUUCUUCAGAGAGAACCCUGGCAACCUCGUCCACUCGGAGCUAUCGGAUAAAAUGGCUCGUUUGCUGGAGAACAAGAACCUCGGCGUGGUGACGAGCGUCAUGUCUCUGCUGAUAGGACUGGCGUCUAGGAGCCCGGGCAACUACGAGGGGCUCGUUCCUCACGUGAUCCAUCUGCUCACUCGACUGGUUAUCCACAAGGCAUGCGCGUCGGAAUACCUGUACUACGGCACCCCGAGCCCCUGGAUGCACGUGAAGCUGCUAAAGUUCCUGCAGAUGUUCCCGCCACCGGCGGACGGGAGUCAGAGGGAGAAGCUCGACGAGGCUCUAGAGAAGAUCAUCACAAAGACCGAGAUCUCGGCGAGCGUGAACAAGAGCAACGCCGACCACUGCAUCCUGUUCGAAGCCGUCAACGUUAUCAUCCAUCAUGGUCGUGACAGCAACGAGGAGCUUCGAUCGAAGGCGAUGACGCUGUUGGGGAGGUUUAUCGCUGUCAAGGAGCCCAACAUCCGCUACCUAGGGCUGGAAGUGAUGUCACGACUGGCCCGGCUGGAGGGAAACGAGACCGCUAAGAAGCACCAGGCCACGGUGCUUAUGUCCCUCAAGGACGCGGACAUCAGCAUUCGCCGGAGGGCGCUUGACCUGCUGUUCGUGAUGGCGGACGAGACCAACGGCGCGGAGAUCGUGGAGGAGCUGGUCACCUACCUGGCGGCUUCGGGGGCGGCGAUCCGGGAGGAGAUGGUGCUCAAGAUUGCCAUCCUGGCCGAGAAGUUCACCGACGAUCUCAACUGGUAUGUGGACAAGAUGCUGGAAAUGAUCGCCGUGGCGGGCGACUCGGUAGCCGGAGCAGUCUGGCACCGCAUCAUCCAGAUCGUCACCAACCACAAGGACCUGCAGGCGUACGCAGCGGAGAGGCUUUUCGCAACGCUCCAGUCCCCCCGCGCGCACGAGACCGCCGUCAACAUCGGUGGUUACAUCCUCGGAGAAUUCGGAUACUUCAUCGCAGAACAGGACAAGAUGUCGGGUCAAGACCAGUUCCACGUGCUCCACCAGCACUUCAUGGAGGUCGGGCCGGCGGCCAAGGCCCUGCUCCUGAGCACCUACGCCAAGCUCGCCAACCUGUACCCGGAGUGCAGAGAGCUCGUUACACCGGUGUUCGAACGGUUCAGCUCGAGCCAAAACCUGGAGCUGCAGCAGAGAUCUUGCGAGUACCUGGGCCUGCCGGAAAUGGGCAUCGACGUGAUGGAGGAGGUGUUGAAAGAGAUGCCAUCUUUCCCGGAGGACAGAGAGAGUGGGCCCGAAGCCCGACUCCGCCGCAGGUGGAGGUUGACGACUUGCUGGGCAUCGGUGGGGAGGAAGACCACGGACAAGCGGCUCCCCAACAACAGCAGCAGCAAGACCCCGGCGGGGGUUACGGCUACGGCGGCGCUGUCGCUCCCUCACCAACAGCAGCGCUGGAUGCCUACUACGGUGGCGUGA